AUGCCUAAGACAAACGCUGGUAGAGAGUUAUUAAGGGAAGCAGAAUACCUUGCGCCAGGUCAAAUGGGAACCAUUCGGAGUUCAAUGUUCAAGAAUGAGUUACUAAGACGGGCUCCAUUGGGUCGAGCAUUAAUCCGAGGUAGAUCACUUCCCCCAUCAUGUUUCAUUUAUGGAAAGAGAAGUGAGCAAGAUCCAAAUGGUCUCAAUAAAUGCCUAAUUUGGAGUAAGUUUAAGCCAAGUCCAGGCGUAGGACUAUACGGAGUUGAUUAUAUGAGGAUAAAUAAGGAGAGCGCAAAGGCUGGAAUUCAUACAAUGUCCGAAUGGAUGAAGUUCCGGAAGGAGAAAGACUAUCAUCAUUCGCGUUAUCAGAGGUUGAACCAGAAAGUUGAAUUUCCAGUGGAAAUGACAUUUGGAAUUAGAAACCCACAAAAUUCUAAUAUCGAUUGCCUUUUAUCGCAUUAUUAUAAGAGGGAAUUUGAUCGAAAGGCCAUUGAAGCAAAUCUACCUAGCAUAGAGAGGUUGGCCAAGAUUAAAAGCAAGACACCACCAAUUUAUGAUACACUCAAAUCAACACACGCGGUGAUUCCCUUGCCACAAUCGAAACCACAACCGACAAAGUUAUGGACAAUGAAACGCUUUCAGUCUCAACCAUCACGCAUAUCUACCUACUGGAGUGAAGAGGAAUGUAAGAAAUUCGGAGAUAGAUGUGAGGAGGAACCACAGUGCGCUUUAAAUGUUUAA